AUGCCUGUGAGCAUGUUCAGCAUCGACAAUAUCCUGGCGGCCAGACCUCGCUGCAAGGACUCGGUGCUGCUGCCCCCGAGCGCCGCGCCCGUCGUCUUCCCCAGCCUCCACGGGGACUCGCUCUACGGCAGCGCCUCCGACUACGGCGGAUUUUACUCCCGGGCGGUGGCACCCGCCUCCGCGCUGCCGCCGGCGGUCACCGGAUCUCGGCUCGGCUACAACAACUACUACUACGGGCAGCUGCAUGUGCCGGCGUCCCCCGUGGGCCCUUCGUGCUGCGGGGCCGUGCCGCCCCUGGGCGCCCAGCAGUGCUCCUGCGUCCCCCCCGCAGGUUACGAGGGCACUGGCUCAGUCCUGAUGUCCCCUGUUCCCCAUCAGAUGUUGCCCUACAUGAACGUGGGCACUUUGUCCCGGACGGAGCUGCAGUUACUGAACCAGCUGCACUGCAGGCGAAAAAGACGGCAUCGGACUAUCUUCACUGACGAGCAGCUAGAAGCGCUGGAAAACCUCUUCCAGGAAACGAAAUACCCAGACGUGGGCACCAGGGAACAGCUGGCCAGAAGGGUGCACUUAAGAGAGGAAAAAGUGGAGGUUUGGUUCAAAAACCGCCGGGCAAAGUGGAGGAGGCAAAAGCGAUCGUCUUCGGAGGAGUCAGAAAACGCACAAAAAUGGAAUAAAGUGUCUAAAACGUCUCCGGAGAAGAGACAAGAGGACGGGAAAAGUGACUUGGACUCCGACAGCUGAUACCUCGCAGGGGGGUACAUUUCCCGUGGACUGUCGGAUACGCUCCAGAGGAUGCUACUAA